CCUGAGGGGACGGAGCCUUCGGGGCGGGCAGGCGUGAGGGAGCAUCCCUCCUCCGAGAGAUUAACGACGGCCUCGCUAUCCCGUCCCGGACGGCGAUUUACCUGGGUGGCCACCUCCCUUCCCCCUUCCUUUCUUCCUUCCUUCCCGGAGUUGUUGGUUUCGGCAGAGAGGGCGUGGAGCCCGCCUGGCCCCUCCUCGGAGAAACUUUCUGCCGCCACCCGCGCCAGGGUGAACUUGGGCACCGUUGGUCGCAAAUUUCUGAGAGAGAGAGAACGUAGGCUUCGCGCAGGGCUGUGUGAGUGGUCGAGUGCCGAGAUUUCUGUGGGUACCAAAGCUCAGGACACAGUAUCAAUCUCAUCAUGAUACUUGAACAUCUGUAGCUCACUGGAGGAUUUAAAAAAGAAAUUCAGUAUGACCUAGUUGGCUUGAUAUGUGGAAAUUUUAUAAUGUCUUCUGGAACAAGUAUCAGCAAAAAUAGGCAGGCUCCCAGCCUGCAGGGUGUUGACCCAGAAACAUGCAUGAUAGUGUUUAGAACACACUGGGCACAGGUUCUGAAAAUCUUAGAGAAGCAUGAUCCUUUGAAAAAUAUUCAGGCAAAGUAUGGGGCAAUCUCACUUGAUGAGGCCAGCACUGUGCAGAAUUACGUGGAGCACAUGCUUUUCUUACUAAUUGAGGAGCAAGCAAAUGAUGCCUCAAUGGGGCCUAUUCUGGAGUUUGUGGUCUCAGAAAACAUCAUGGAGAAGCUUUUCCUUUGGAGCCUAAGGCAAGACUUCACUGAUGAGACAAAAAUUGAGCAACUCAAAAUGUACGAAAUGCUCGUAACCCAGUCUCAUCAGCCUUUGCUGCAUCACAAGCCCAUUUUGAAGCCUUUGAUGAUGUUGCUGAGUUCCUGCUCAGGAACAACCACUCCAAUAGUGGAAACAGAGUUGGUUGUCCUCUUGAGUCAGCUCUGCUCUAUAAUAGCCAAAGAUCCCUCCAUUUUAGAACUGUUUUUCCACACUAGUGAGGACCAAGGAGCUGCCAAUUUCCUCAUUUUUUCCCUGCUGAUCCCCUUCAUCCAUCGAGAAGGAACAGUAGGUCAACAGGCCCGGGAUGCACUGCUUUUCAUAAUGUCUCUGUCUGCAGAAAACAACCUUGUUGCAAACCACAUAGCAGAAAACACGUAUUUUUGCCCAGUGCUAGCAACAGGACUAAGUGGCCUCUAUUCAUCUUUGCCUACAAAGCUGGAAGAAAAAGGAGAAGAAUGGCACUGUCUGAUGAAAGAUGACUGGCUUUUGUCACCAGCCCUUGUACAAUUCAUGAAUUCCCUUGAAUUUUGCAAUGCUGUGAUACAGGUGGCACAUCCCUUGAUACGCAACCAGCUUGUGAAUUACAUUUACAAUGGAUUUUUGGUGCCAGUAAUGGCUCCUGCACUCCAUAAGGGGACUGUGGAGGAAGUGAUGACUACGACUGCGUACCUGGAUCUUUUCUUGCGCAGUGUUUCAGAGCCAGCCCUCCUCAAGAUUUUCCUCCACUUUAUUUUGCUGCACCAACACGAGAAUGUUCAUAUCCUGGAUACACUUACCAGCAGAAUCAACACACCAUUCCGGCUCUGUGUGGUCUCCUUGGCAUUGUUCAGAACGCUCAUUGGCUUGCAUUGUGAAGAUGUGAUGUUACAGCUAGUUUUAAGGUAUCUGAUCCCAUGCAACCACAUGAUGCUGAGCCAGCGGCGAGCUGUGAAAGAGAGAGACUGUUACUCUGUAUCUGCUGCAAAACUGCUGGCCCUGACCCCUCUGUGCUGUUCCACCGGAAUCACUUUGACACUUGAUAGCCAAGGAAAAAACUAUAUUCUCUGGACAAAACCAGCACAAACUAAAGAUACUGGUAGGUGCUCUUCUGAAUCUGCUUGCAUUGUGGAAUAUGGAAGGGCUGUGGACAUCAGCUACUUGCAGUACCUGGGGGAAGCUCAAGAAGCCAUCAUGCAGUGCAUGAAAGACUGUGAGGUUUGGUCUGCCUUGUAUGAUGGAGUAAAUCCUGAUCCAGACACCUUUAUCCGGACGCUUGCCGAGGAGAGCACUACAGAUGUGGAACACCCCAUGUUUCGGCUCCAGCAAAGGACACUUAGUAUAUGUAGCUCUGUGCAAGCAACUCGGUUCAAUGAGAAGAUGCAGCUGGAGCUAGAAUGGGAUGAUAGCUAUGACACAGGGAUUUCUCCUGGUUCUAAUAUGAGCUCACCACAACCGUAUGAUGAUCUGGGAAGCACAGAAAUGCAGCCACCUGCAGAGCCGCCAAAACACAUUCAAGAAAUGAAAAAAAAUGCCAUUAUGGUUAUCAAAGGCUCUUACAUAGAGGAGUCAGACUUUCAGGAUGAUGUUAUAGUUUACAGGUUAUGUGCCCAGAGGGAUACUCAAGAUGAUGACAGCUCCAAGGAGAAAUCUUUAAAUGUACCCAGAGAAGACAAGGUGCAGAGCCAGACUAUAGUCAAUGGGUCUUUUGCAAAGACCCGUCUGGAAAUGGACUUGGCUGAGCACAGUAAGAGAAAUUCAAGCUCAGCUAAAGAUGUAAUUAGAGAACAGAUAAACCAGAAAAUGACUGAGAUUGAUCCACAGCCAUACUUAAAGAUUUCUUCUCAGGAGGCAGAUUGUAACUUAAAUGUAAAACUGCUGAGCACAGAUAGUGAGGAUUUCAUUGCACAGUAUGACAGAAUUAUUAAGGAACUGGAUCUAAACAGUGUAAACUUGGAGGAGCAGAAGCUGGAUGCUCCUGAUCUUGUCCCUCCAGCAGAAAAAGAGGAGGACUUCGAGAAUUUCUCAGCAGAUACCUCUUCUUCAGAGAGCAUAUCAUCUCCCUUUGGACCAAAGGAGGAUGUCUCUCCAAAGCACUCUCCAAGGAGCCAGAGUGCACCAUUUACAGGACCAUUCAUCAGCGUAGUAUUGUCGAAGCUGGAGAACAUGCUGGAAAAUUCCUUGCAUGUAAAUUUGCUGCUUAUUGGAAUUAUUACUCAACUGGCAAGUUAUCCACAGCCACUUCUUCGCUCCUUUCUGCUCAACACCAACAUGGUGUUUCAGCCUAGUGUGCGCUCACUCUAUCAGGUGCUGGCAUCUGUGAAAAAUAAGAUUGAACAUUUUGCUUCCAUUGAAAAAGACUUCCCAGGUCUUCUCCUGGAGGCUCAACAGUACUUGCUUUUUCGUGUAGACAUGUCUGAUGCUGCAGAAGAAUUGCUCACCAAAGGUGUUGACUUUUCCUAAGAUUGCACUUCUGGAAUGGUGAGGGAAGGACCAGGCUAUUCACCAGCUGCAGAAAAGGAAGGAGUAAUGGGGAAAGCUGUCUGCUGGUGACUAACUGCUUGAGAAAAUUCUCUUGUGUGAGUAAUGGGCUUCAUUAGAAGAACCCAAACAUGAUGAAUUGGUGCGUCACCACUGCAUUUUGUCUUAUCUUAGCUGCAUAAUUGUGCUUCCAGUGUGUUCUAGCUCACUACAUAAAGAAGGGCCUAAUUCAAGAAAGACAUAAAACCUUUUGUCCAGGAUAAAAACUAACAGUGACUCCAAAAAAUGUGAAGAAAUAGAAAUCAGAAAUAACACUUCCAUACAUUAGUUCUCAUGUUCAUUGUAAUUCCAUUAUGUGGAAUUCCAGUUAAUCACAUCCUGAUUUUGAAACACACUUUCUCAGAGAUUUCAAGGAAAAAAACAGUUCAAAAACAAAAACCUAAGAUGCUCCAGAACAGUCUAAUUAAUUGUAGGUCAAGCUCCUCUGGAGUAUGCAGUGCAUUUUAAGCUCCUGAAUCCUUUAGAUAAUUCUGAAAAGUUCUGCCUUUAAUUUACAAGGUAUAGAUUAAAGUGUCUGCAUUUAUUGUGUCAGCCUGCUGUAGGCUAUUCUAAAAAAAAGACAAAAAAAAAUCCCAAAGUCUACCUCCAACAAAAUCACCACCAGAACUUCUCUGGGUCCAUCUUUACUUGUUUGCUGCACAGUCUUCACUUCCAUGAUGGCUGGGAGUCCUGUUGCCUCCUAACUGACUCUCUCUGGUUUGCUUUCAUUUGUGACUUUAGUUUUUCAGGUGUCACUGCAUCACCAUUCUGUAAAUCACCUACUGACCUCCACAUCUUUUACCUCACCAGCUUUUUUGGAAGCUGAAGCCAAAGCUGUGGAGUUUUUCCUUAAGUAUUAUUUAUCCAGGUCGAAGAGAGCUCUUUCUUCUUCAUUCCCCCCACUCCUGCAUAGUUGUAAAUGGGUAAUGAGAUUGAUGGAUUUCUUUUUUUAAAAAAAAAAAAUUUAAACUUGUCCUGGGGCACUAUGGGUCCUUUCUCCACUCCCGCAUUUCUGCUGCUUUCCAUGCUGUACUCACAGGCUUGGCCUGAGGGGGUUCAGUAUUUGUGUUGGAAGUGUUUUAGCAUUAUGGUUGUAGGGUCAGUGCUUGCUCUGCUUCUCAUCUCUUCUGCAAGAGCUGUAUGUGAGCCAAAGGAAAGUUUGAUCAGCUGACUUUCAGUGGUUCAGAAACAUGUGCUAAAAUGCAGAAGGAAUCUAAUAAUUUUUGAGGACUUUUUAAAAAGGAAUUAGAAAUAUUAUUUCACUUUUUAAAAAUAAAGAACUCUGCAGACCAGCACUCAAUGGAGUAAAUUACUACUUGAACACUCCCUUCCCUGUUUGUAUUCUAAACUAAGAAUCCUUAUUUGCUAGGUAGAAGGGAUUUCUUUUGAGAUUGUUAAUUUUAACUGGUGUUUUCAACAAAUGUACAAAAUCACUGCAGUUUGAUCCCAGUAGGUCUGUUAAGCUACAUGAGGAUUUUAAAAUGUGGACUGCUCAUAAAAGCGUAUGUAAAUUUGAGGAAGGAGAGGAUUUUCUUCAUAAGUUUUAGUAGAGUUUAUGUUCUACAUCCAGUAGGAUAAAGUCAGCCAAUCUGGAGUUGUGUUGAAGGCUUCUUGCUGAAAGAUCAGAGCUGUGUUUGUGUACAGUGUCCCCUCACAAACAGGAACUGUCUGUCAGCUCCCCAAAAGGAAGAGGUGAAUGAGUGCAGUGCCCUGGCUUAGAAGUUAAAAUGCAGAUCAUAUAUGUACCUUUGCAUUGCUUGUGGGAUCAGACUUGCAGUUGUGUCUCAGAUGUAAUAGCAGUAUAAUGUCUGGCAGCUAGCACAAAAAGCUAUUGGUGGGAAUUGCUUCUUCCUGUCUUCAAAAUGCAGAACCUGUGAUUUAGCUUGAAAAUGCUGAUCUUUUGAGACUGUCUGUGUGCAGCUCUUCAGCCAAAUGCUUCUCUAAUAAGCUUCUUCCCUCCAGUUAGAUAAUGUGUAAUCCUGCCUCUCAAAAGAUACAUCCUUUCCCAAAAAAACCCUGUGCGUGUGGUCCAAGCUGUGGCCCUGUAUGUAGGUCCCUGGAGGACAACAGCCUUAUGCUGCUCUUUCCAAGAACAAGGAAGUGCUUUGUGAUCUGGUUUUCUCCACACUCAGGUGGAUGUGCGACUGGAGCAGUCCCUCUUUAGUACAUUGGCUCAGCAUCAGUCGCAAAUGAAGUGCCUUGGCAGAUCUAUUCCAAAGACUGCAAGCGGUGGCUCAGUGAUACCAAAGUGAAUUUCCAGUCUCCUACUAGAUAUUUCAAACUGUGAAUGCCACAUUUCCAAUUAUGUAGCCUUGGAGUGUGUUUUUAAACUAUUCUGCUAUAGCCAGGAAUCUUUCCAGCAUUUUCAACAUGUGUAUUUUU